AUGAGGCUUAUAUUAUUAACUCUCCUCUUGGCCGUAGCUGUUAGUGGAGAUUUUCAUAGCAAUGCAGAGGAACAGACGAAAGAAGUACUCAAGAGAGAAAGCAAGUUUGUUCAGACGCUGAAAACCGGAUUUAAGAAGUUUCUUGAUGAGACUGGCUUGAGCAGAAUCGCGGACAAGUUCAAGAAGGUGAAGGACAAAAUAGUGAAGACGUUGAAGCUGACACCAGAAUUGCUGAAGUCUCUCAAGGAAAGGCUGAAGAACCUGCGAUUGUUCAAGAGGAACAGGGUUCAAGAGGUUGGAGACUCGGUCCCUGAAAUCAACGCACACAAUAAUGUUGAGAACGAUUUCUACCAAGCCGACAUUGCAUUAACAUCCACCCAAGCACAAGAGAUCAUCACGGGAAUCGAGAAACAAGCUGGCGACGUGAGCCGUGCAAAACGUCAGGCCUUCAAAGAUAGCCACUAUCCAAAUACGCUAUGGUUUGAAGGAGUGAAUUAUUUCUUUGACCCAGCAGCAAUGUGUUCGUCAAAGCAACGAAACUAUGGGAAAAGGACACCUGCAUCAACUUCAAAGAAGACAGCUCUGCCUGAUUGGAUUGAACAGUUCAACAAGGAAACAAAGGAAACAAACGAAAAUUACGGUAUGACGUACGACUACGGCAGCAUUAUGCACUAUGGUGGAACAAGGUUUGAUAUGUCCAUCGCAGUCGCGUGGCAAAGUGUCCCUCGCAUGCAUUCUUCGAUAAUAAUUGAUUCUUAUUCAGAAAGGUGUAAUCCAGCGACGUCAGUGAAGUGCGAAAUGGGUGGAUUUCCGCAUCCCCGCGACUGCAAGAAAUGUAUCUGUCCUGGAGGAUACGCCGGUGAUAGGUGCACUGAAAGGCCAGCAGGUUGCGGUGCAAUAAUCAAAGCAACACCGGAAUGGCAAGAACUUGAAGAUAUUGUCGGUCCAGGUACAGAAGAACAGGAGGACUUCUACACUUGCAACUAUUGGCUCGAGUCUCCACCUGAUACAUUGAUCGAGGUAAGGAUACUGGAUUUCACCGGUGGAGUUUCUGUUGAUGGCUGUCCCUAUGCUGGUGUAGAAAUCAAGACAAAUAAGGAUCAAACGCUCACUGGCUACAGGUUCUGCUCUCCGGAUGCUGCUGGAAUGGAGCUUCGUUCGUACACUAAUCGAGUUCCCAUAAUUACAUGGAACAGGGUCUAUAAAACGGAAACUUUCCUCGAAUUCCGCUACGUGUCAUCUUCUGGAAAGCCCAUUAGCAAAGACAAUAAGGACAAGAAAGUUCGUCCACCCGUAAUUACUGGCAAUGGCUUCAAAUGUGUGGAUCAUAAAGACUGUCCUUUCCUUGCGGCUGAAGGCUUCUGUAAAAUGAAUAUUCCAAAGGACAUCAAGUUGGCAAAGUGUCCGAAAGCCUGCCAUUUCUGCUGA